AUGAGAGUCGUCGGUGAGAACCGUGAUCCUGUGUUAGGUUUCUACUUUCUAAGGUUGUUUUGCCUUUCUCUCUUCUCAGCACUUAUUUGGAUCCACAGAGCGGAGACACCUACUAAGUUUUGUGAAGGCUCUUGUUUGACCCAGAAAGAUAUAGACAUACAGUUCCUACAGAUGGGUAGCUCAGGAUUUUCAUGGAAGUUGGAGGAUCACCCGAAGCUUCCCAAGGGUAAGGUUGUGGCGAUGGUGGUUUUGGAUGGAUGGGGUGAAGCCAAUCCCAAUCAGUACAACUGCAUCCAUGUUGCCGAUACUCCCACCAUGGAUUCCCUGAAAAAUGGUGCACCUGAGAAGUGGAGGUUGGUGAGGGCACAUGGGACUGCUGUGGGGCUUCCUACAGAGGACGACAUGGGCAACAGUGAAGUUGGUCACAACGCGCUUGGUGCAGGCCGGAUUUAUGCUCAAGGUGCAAAGCUUGUUGACUUAGCCCUUGCCUCUGGAAAAAUCUAUGAUGACAAAGGUUUUAAAUACAUUAAGGAAUCUUUUGAAACUGGCACAUUGCACCUCAUCGGGUUAUUGAGUGAUGGGGGUGUCCACUCUCGGAUUGAUCAGUUGCAGUUGUUGCUAAAAGGCGCCAGUGAGCGUGGUGCCAAACGAAUCCGUGUUCAUAUUCUUACUGAUGGUCGUGAUGUUUUGGAUGGCUCAAGUGUAGGGUUUGUGGAAACCCUUGAGAAUGAUCUUUCAGAAUUACGUGCGAAAGGUAUUGAUGCCCAGGUUGCAUCUGGAGGGGGCCGUAUGUAUGUUACGAUGGAUCGUUAUGAGAAUGAUUGGGAUGUUGUGAAACGUGGAUGGGAUGCCCAGGUUCUUGGCGAAGCCCCGUACAAAUUUAUGAGUGCUGUUGAAGCUGUCAAGAAGCUGAGAGCGGAGCCCAAAGCCAGUGAUCAAUACUUACCUCCAUUUGUUAUUGUUGAUGAGAAUGGAAAGGCUGUUGGGCCUAUUGUAGAUGGUGAUGCUGUUGUGACUUUCAACUUUCGAGCAGAUCGUAUGGUUAUGAUUGCAAAGGCUCUUGAAUAUGAAAACUUUGAUAAAUUUGAUAGAGUUCGAUUUCCUAAAAUCCGUUAUGCUGGGAUGCUCCAAUAUGAUGGUGAAUUGAAGCUUCCAAGUCAGUACCUUGUUUCUCCUCCAGAGAUUGAGAGAACAUCUGGUGAAUAUUUGGUGCAUAAUGGUGUACAUACUUUCGCUUGCAGUGAGACUGUCAAAUUCGGUCAUGUGACCUUUUUCUGGAAUGGGAAUCGCUCAGGGUGUUUUAACCCAGAAAUGGAAGAAUAUGUUGAAAUUCCAAGUGAUAGUGGGAUAACUUUUAACGUCCAACCAAAGAUGAAGGCAUUAGAGAUUGCUGAGAAAGCUAGGGAUGCCAUUCUUAGUCGCAAAUUCCACCAGGUACGUGUUAACCUGCCAAAUAGUGACAUGGUCGGGCAUACAGGUGACAUUGAAGCCACAGUCGUGGCUUGCAAGGCUGCUGAUGAAGCUGUCAAGAUGAUCCUUGAUGCAAUAGAGCAAGUGGGUGGAAUAUAUGUUGUGACUGCAGAUCAUGGAAAUGCCGAGGACAUGGUGAAGAGGAACAAGAAGGGGGAGCCUCUUCUUGACAAGAAUGGCAAAAUUCAAAUACUUACUUCUCACACUUUGCAACCAGUGCCUAUUGCAAUUGGUGGUCCUGGGCUGGCACCUGGUGUGAGAUUCCGCACAGAUGUUCCUGAUGGUGGGCUUGCCAACGUGGCUGCAACUGUCAUUAAUCUGCACGGAUUUCAGGCUCCCGAUGAUUACGAGCCAACCCUAAUUGAGAUUGCUGACAAUUAGAUUGGGCAAUAUUAUUUUUGAAAACGAAACUUAAUUCUGGAAAGUGAUGAUAUUAUGACUCACUUUUGUCAUCGGGCUGAAUUUAACAAUAAUCACUUUACUUGUUAUUUUGUGUGUUUUGUUUUGUGCACUGCGUACAUGUGGUUCAUGAACGGGAGGUGCAACAAUUUUUGUAUUAUGAUAAAAUACUGUUAUCAGGUUAAAUAAACCCUUGUCAGUUUGUUUGGUUCUUUUUGUGGGAUUUGUACUCUACUUAGCUUGUGAUUGACGAAUGGUUGGUGAAACAGUUUCUCACUCUGCGGUUCUGUUUACUGUUGCUUUAUUAUGUUGAUAUUAUUGUUGUUGAUGGUAGUUGCACAGCAAAGGACUGAACUGAGGAAGCCUCUAUUGUUGCUCUUGGAUAAAGCUGGUACUCUUUAGGGUGUGUUUGGUUUGG